GUACUCCGUAUAUCACACUGCAACCUCCAUCUACCACCACCUCAGGCAACCUUCAUCUACAACCUACCACCAGUCAACCACCAUAUACAGCCACCUCAGUCAACCGCCGCCACCCACGGAAGCUUUCCCUAUUCUAACUUUAAUAUAGUAGUAAAGUAAUGGACAGAAUUACUAUACAGUCAUAAACCUUUAAAAACCCUACCUAAACCCCCAUUCUUCCUACUUCUUUUAACUUCAUUUAAGCAAUGGCAGAGCAACCCAUAAAGGGAACAGUGAUGUCACUAUCUUCACUAUUUGACCCGGAAGACACCCAUAAGGCUUCGGGUCGGGUCCUUGAAACAAUUUCCCAACAUCAGAAACAAGUCCAACAAUUACAAUCUUUCUUAAAUGAUAACACCAAUUUGAUCAAUCUUGUUAAAAAGCUUCCUGACCAAUUGCAUCAUGAUAUCAUGGUUCCUUUUGGGAAGGCAGCCUUCUUUCCUGGCAAGCUGAUACAUACUAAUGAACUCAUGGUCCUUUUAGGUGAAGGAUACUAUGCUGAGAGAACAUCCAAACAAACGGUUGAGAUUCUGAAAAGAAGAGGAAAGGAACUAGAGUUACAGAUUGAAACCCUUAACACUAUUAUAAAGGAUCUCAAGUUUGAGGCAUCCUUCUUUGAUGAAACAGCUACCGAGGCUGCAGAAGGUAUUGUCGAAAUAAGAGAAGACUAUGUUGAUGAAGUGUCUAAUAAAGACGAGACAACGACAGCAGGUCUUGAGUUAGAGAUGAAUUCAGGAGAAGAUGAUUUUGCUCGUAUAUUAUCACGGAUGGAUGAACUUGAAAAAGAAGAACUAGAAUCUGAAAAUGUAGAGGAAGGCGAAGAGGAAGAGGAAGAGACAUCUGAUUUAAGUCCUCUUAUGAGCCGUAUUUCAGUGGAACCCAAACCUGGGAUCAGAACUUCAGAGGUACAAAGGGAGAAUGAGCAUUCCAUAAGCCAAAGAUCUUCCCAAACUCAGACUCAACAAGACAUGUCCAAGCUGUUUAAGCCUGAAGACUCUCUGGCUCUUUCUGUAUCCAAAGAUGCACAUGUAAAAGUUCCAACAUCGAGUGUAUCAAACACCCCUCCAAUGCUCGUUGAGCAUAAUAAAUUGAAAGAAAGUUUGCUCCCUACACCUGUGCCAAAGAAUGAGGUUUCCACCCUUGCUUCAAAAUCGAGCAAUGACAAUAGCAAAAGAAGUGUGUCAAAUGAGGUUUCCAAUGUUGCUUCAAGCUCAGCAUAUGAUACAAGCAAGGCCUUUACGGGUUCCAUUGUGGAACGCACUCAUAAUGUGGAGAAAGUUCAAAAGGGUCAAACACCUGCACCUUCAUCAAAACCCGUAUCAAGAUUCAAGCUGCAAAGAAAGUAGCCACC